AUGGCGGCCGCUCCCAUCACGCGUGAGCUGCUAGGCAAUACCUUCACCUUUACCACCGACUGCUUCUCGGUGACGUCGUCCGGCGGCAACGUGCACCGCCGCUACAGUCCCUCGGAGCUGCGCGACCACUUUGACGCUGGCGAGGACCGGCCCGCGCACUGGUACGAGGCGCAGCUGCGCCACUACCAGCUCCCGCCCUCAAAGGUCAAGGGCACCGCCAAGCUGAGGCUGCUCGAGGCCGUCCGCCGCGGCGACCUGGCCGUGCCCGGCGAGCUUGCAAAGCUCGAGAGGGACAUGCGCAGGGAGUGGACCAGGGCCAGCAAGGCGGGUGCGGGUGCGGGUGCGGCAAAGUCGGCUUCGUCGGCCGCAGGGCAGAAGAAAAGAAAAGCGGCGGCGGCGGCGGCGGAUGAUGAUGAUGAUGAUAAUGGUGACGACAAUGGAACUCCCAGCUUCCAUGUCACGGUUACUGGUGCUGAUGGUAGGGCUGUUAGCGUCACUGUCACCAGUGCGGCGGCCUCGUCGUCGUCAACUCCUGCAAAGAAACCAGCAGCACCCAAGAAGGGCGAGACGGAGCCUAAAAUAGCCGCGGCUAGGGCCCCAACGAAGAUCAAGACGGAGCCUAAAGCUACUCCGCCUCCAGCUGCAAAGAAGGUCAAGGCCGAGCCCAAAGCGGCCACGUCUUCAGCUGCUGCUCCGGCCGCAAAGAAAAUCAAGCAAGAGCCCAAGGAAGACACCACGCCAGUCACAAAGAAGAAACCCACCCCCAAGAAACCAGCAGCUGUGCCUUCUCCUCAUCCCGCCGAGGACGUCGGGUUUCCGCCGCGACCAGAAGCUAGCGAUAGCCCACGCGUCAAGCCCCGGCCGGAUCCGAGCAGCCGCAAACAACUGGCCGGAAGGACGAAGCAGACGGCUCGCAAAACCGUUUCCAGUUCCAGCGCUUUGCCGGCCCGAGAAGCCGGUUCUGCAUGCGCAGAGUCGUCCGCUUCGGCAUCCAGAGCACCCCAUGUGGUCCCGAAGCCGCCAGCGAGCAGCCGCAUGCGGCUGGGCCCUAGGACAAAACAGACCGCCCGGAAGAGUGCUACAUCUUGUACAUGGCCAUCGAGCGACUGCGACUCGGAGGACGAAAAUGACAAUCGAGAGUCCUACGAUAGUCCUGACCAAAAUCUAGACGACUGCAACGAAGACGGCGAGAAUGUAGGCUACGACAAAUACGACGACGAUGACGACCCGCCGCCCCCAUACCCCGGCUCCCCCAGACCGGAGCCCGAGCCUAUGGACUGGACACCGACGCCAGCGAGCAGCAACCACGCCGCCGCGCCCCUGGGCCUCCUCAACGGCCGGUACGAGAUUUUAAGCUCGGACACGCCGCCGGGCUACAGGCCUGAUCACCCGGCGAGGCAGACCAUGACGCUGACGCUGGACGGCGACGCGCUCUGGAUGUGGUUCAACCUCGGCUUCCUCGAGGGCGUGGGCCGCACCGACAGGCGGCCGUACGAGACGUCCCGCCACCGCACGUUUGGCUGGUUCGGCCACAGCGUGCAUUACCGCCAGGCGUUUGCGGGCGGUGGCGGCGGCGGCAGGGACGACGGGGCCAUGGACGCGCGGCUCGACUUUGUCGGCGGCGGCGUCGUGCGCGGCGAGGUCGAAUGGGUCAACCGCCAGACCACUUGCUUCGAGGCCCGGCGGCUGGACGGCCAAGGCACCAGGAGCGACAUAUCGUCCAGAGAGAUGCGGGAUAUUUUUGAGCGGUUGAGGGCCGGUGUUGCUUUGUAG